GGGUAAGACAGAGAAAUGGGAUUGGGCCUUAUACUUGGAAAACAUUUAGGUUGUCAGUUUGCUGAAUCCACUUGUGUUGGAUUAUGAAUUCAGAACAACAUUAGAUUUUGACAUCGGAUCAGCAUUGGAUCCUGAUGUUGGAUCAAUGUGAUUUUGAUGUCGGAUCAACGUUGGAUUUUGACAUUUGAUCAAUGUUUGAUCCUGACGUCAAAUCAACGUUGAAUUUUGACGUCGGAUCAAUGUUGAAUUUUGACAUCGGAUCAGCGUUGGAUCCUGACGUCAGAUCAAAAGUGCGUUUGUCUUGGGAAAAAAUUUCAUUUACUAAAAAAUGUUCACUACAUUCUAGAAUCAUACUAUGCACACUUUUAUAUUGCAUAUUAAAAUUGAUUUAAUACCUAAUUACAUAAAACAUUUCUUGACUAAAAGUACAAAAGUACAGGUAAGAACAGUGACAAAACAGUUGAGUAACCAAUCCGUGAGAAUGCCACGGAAAAGGAAGUCCGUGACAGGGCCUUGGAAAAAUGCGGAGAUCCGUGAGAAUGCUACGGAAAAUUAGCAAAAAAUUCUGUUACUAUGGAAAUUCGUGAGAUCAGGUUGGAGGGGCAGUUUCUUGGACAGGGUUUAGAUUAAUCCAGGGCUUAGUUAUAUUAGAACAUUUAAAUAGUUUUUAUAAACAAAUCUUUCAAAAACAAUUCUGGCGCAUCUUGUAAAAAAACUGAUAUGUUAAAGGUGACAUUUCACAAGACUGACAAUUGUCAAAUAUUGUCAAAUACAUUUUUGGUGUCACCAGAGUAUGUAUGUGAAGUUUUAGCUCAAAAUAUCAUAUAGAUAAUUAAUUAUAGCAUGUUAAAAUUGUCACUUUCUAGGUGUGAGCAAAAAUGUGCCAUAUUUGGGUGUCCUUUUUAAAUGCAAAUGAGCUGAUAUCUGUACUAAAUGGCAGUGCUGUGGUUGGAUAGUGCAGAUUAAGGGGCGGUAUUAUCCCCUUCUGACAUCACAAGGGGAGCCAAAUGACCUAGUUUUUCUUUACUUCAUUUCGUUCAUUAUUUUCAGUACAUUUAUUUUUUUGGUGUUCUUAUCAUGUAAACCAAUAUUAAGUGUUCCUUACAGUAAAUGUAGUUCCUAAAGUACUUUCUGUUUGUGGUUUCCUGACAACUAGAUGUCAUAUCUAAAUCUCAUGAGGAUGAUCAAUUACCUAUUGGCUUGGUUUCUCAAUCUUUUGCUUGUCAUGAUUUUAUGUCACUGUUCUGCAUUUGUAUAAAUUUAAAUUCAUUGUUCCCGGUCGGAUAGUCUUUGGCAUAUUUUUAUUUUUGUUGUUUCCAAGUUACUGUUGACAAGUAUUUCCAGUUUGUCAACUUGAUAACAGAUAACUUGUGUUCACCAAGCUGUUGCAAAGAACAAUUAAGUUUAACUUCAUUUUAAAUGAAGUUUUAAACUUGUUUUUCUAAAUUACGUCAACUUAUCACAAAGUUGAAUUGACUUGCAUAAUUAAGUUGUUUGAACUUCAUGCUGCAUUUUUUUAUCUGUUCAGUCAACAAAUGACAUCAAAUAGUUUUCCUGUUUAGAAAAGAUUGUGGACUUUUCCUGAGGCGUAUGUUUGCCUGGCAGUGGGAUAAAAGUCAAGAUCCAGACUUUGGAUCUGAAUAUAAUAGGUGGGCUCUGUUGACUUGAGCCAGUCAGCAAAAACAGCAGACUCUAACUAAAAUUAGGUCUGUUUGUCAGUUUUAUGCCAUUAGGGUGGGCGAUAUAUAUCAAGUUUUGGUAAUAUAUCAGUGUAUUUUCCCAACUGGAUAUGGGAUAAGACAAAACCAUCUAUAUCAAUAUGAUAUGACCCUCAUUCGCAAUAGAACCUCGGUCAGCAGAAAUCAACCAGCUCACAUGUUGACUAGCUGUUUAGUUUCAAACAGGAAGAAAAACCCAUGAGGUUUUAAAGUCUUCAAUUCAUGCACAUGGUUCACGUUGUGACUCAUUCGCUCACACACAUAACAAAUCAUUCAUUGAUUAUGUCAUGGGUGGAGUUUUUCUGUGGGUGGGAUCUAUGUUUACUUUCUGUUUCAUUCGUUUUCAAAAGUGUAUAUAUCGAUUAACUCGGCUUUAUCAUGCUGUAAAUUAUUUUACACCGGACUGAGACAUGGAGGAAACAUUCCCAUUCCAUUAUACUUUAAUGGAUUAUCUUUUAUGUUUGUUUGGAUUGCUUAUGUCUUUAGUGGAUAUAGGGCUGGACUGUUGGACUGUUGUAUCAUUUUAUCAGAAUGAGGAUUAUGUGUAUAUGGCUGUGCUGAUCUUUUUUCUGCUGGGGUCUUCACUGUUAGUACAGGUGUUCAGCUGGAUCUGGUACUCGGAUACACCAGACGACCUUCAGACUCAUGUGGAAAAAUUUGUUACCAAGCAUCAUUUACUCAAAGCAUUCCACUUCAUGCAGCUCGCCGUCUAUCUCAGAUAUGCCGGGCUGGUGGAGAUUUCAACACGCAGGUUUCUUCGCUCUGAUCGAUUGCAAGAGGGCGUUUCUGUAAACCUGAAUCAUGAUCUUUUUAUGCUUCGACUAAUAGAAGCUUUUGCUGAAAAUGCUCCACAACUUACACUCAUGAUGUCGAUAAUCGCAAUGGGACAAGGACUAACGCUUUUAGCAGCUUUUAAAACCCUUGGAUCAGCUUCUGCACUCGCCGCAAGUGUUGUCACCUACCACCGGAUCAUGCGUGAAUUUCUUCCUGACAAACGCAAGCUUAAAUGGUCUUCAUCUGUUGUCUACUUCCUCUGGAACUUACUGCUCAUCUUCACGCGUAUUACGGCUCUGGCACUCUUCGCUUCUGUUUUUCCUUGCUACAUUAUCGCCCACUUUCUGUCUGUGUGGAUGGUGCUUGUUUUGGUGGUCUGGGGUCAGAAAACAGAUUUCAUGGAUAGUUUAUGUGGGGAAUGGCUGUACAGAGCUACUGUUGGACUUAUUUGGUAUUUCAGCUGGUUUAAUGUAGGAAGUGGAAGCACUAAAUUAAAGAACAUCAUCUAUUAUGCAGUAAUGGGUUUGGACACGAUGGCACUGCUGGGCUUCUGGCAGAUGGAGUGUGAUUGCAUUUCACUCCCCUUUAGAUCUUAUAUAAUGAUCAUUAUACUAGCAAGUUUGUAUGUUUUGGGAAUUCUUCUGAGAAUUUUAUACUACAAAAAGUUUCAUCCUAACUGUGAUGAAAAGAAAAUUGAGUUGCAUGAGGAUAAACCGGUCAUGCGGGCAGUAGCAUGUAGUGGAUUCAUAGAGACAGAUUCAGCUAAAUCUUCAGAUUUCACAAAACCUGUCACUGGAGCUCAGAAGAGAAUGAGGAUCAUGGCUUCUAACUUUUAUUAGUGUUUACUUUAACUUUCUGUCUUUUCUUUCACUAAUCCUGGAACGAUAAAUUAUUACAGUAUAAUAUUAAAUGUUUUUUAUAAAAAAAUGUUUUGGUUUGAUGUGUUUUAUUUACAAAACGUGUGGU